UACUCCCUUCAGCAGGCUCUCGUAACAGUCAAAAUGGAGGAGAGCGCCUACAACAAACUGAUUCAUCAGGAGGACUUAAGCGCGGACGAGCCGGCACUCCGCUUAAAUCAGGAGAAACCACAAGUCUCCUUAUCGUUGGUGUGGCCUGCAUCUACUUGGACCUCUCGCAGGGUGAUUGAAAUCAUUCUGGCUGCACUUGCUGCUGUCCUGCUAGCUGUGGAUAUUGGCUUAGGAGUCUAUUACAAAAACUUGACGGACGAGUCUCGGGCAGUGAUGAGCAUCAGCCGCGAGGUGGCCGAACUGAACGCCGCUCACGAGGCCGCCACAAUGAUACAAGAGGAAGCCCAAAUGCGUUUGAAACAAGAGAUUACAAAGCAGCAAGUGAUCAAGUGGCAGGUGGAGUACCAGGUUAAAAGAAACGGAGAAUACAAGAAGCUGGCAGACAAACUCCAAAGGGACAUUGCGGCCUUAAAAUCUCACAUACCCACAAUAAGGGAGAGCUGCAGACACUGUUUACCAAGAUGGACUUUAGUCGACUCGGCGUGUUUUUUCCUAAGCUUCUCUGAAAUAUACUCUAGCAGAUCAUGGCAGGAGGCCAGGGAUUUUUGCAAAAAACAUGGCAGCGACCUGGCUGUGGUAGAUACCUUUGAGAAGCAGCUGAAAUUAAAUCAGCUGAUUAAUAUUCAUCAUCAAGACCUAUCCAGAUCCAUUUCGCAGAGCGGCUUCUGGAUUGGAUUGAGAGAUGUGGACAGCGAAGCUGUUUGGAAGUGGCUGGACGGAACUAAACUGAGUGAAGGCUUCUGGAAUGAUGGUGAGCCCAAUAACUCGGGUAAUGAGGACUGUGCAGCCACCUACCCAAGAAGCAACCCCUUUAAGGGCUGGAAUGAUGCUCCGUGCACUUACAAUCUGAAAUGGAUUUGUGAAAUGUCUGCCAGUUAGCGCAAUAUGAACGCCAAAACACAAGGAUCGUUACGACAGACAGAAUGAGAUUUAUUAAGCAACUACAAAAGAUAUAUAAACAAUUAAUAAAAUCUUUGUCUUUACAAAGUA